ACUAUUCUGGCAGAUAGGGCACAUGUACCUCCUCUUUUUCUUUGAAAUACUUUUAGCGCUAUUUUCUAAGGAUCUGCUAAUACACUGAUGUCCCAAAUCAGAUGUGCUUUCAAUUUUUAAAGUUGGUAAAUCACAAUGCGAAGUCAAUAGUUCACUCAAUUCAAUCUCAGUUUUUUGUUGUAUAUAUUCAACUUCUUCCUUGAUAUCACUGAUGAUAUAUGUCUCUUUAUGACCAAUAUUCACAAGUUCUUGUUUAAUAAUUUUAGGAAAUAUUUGAAUGUUUUUGGAAACCCUAUCUUCAGAAUAACAAUACUUUUCCUCUGUUUGAUCAAAAACAGCUGGUUCGAUUUUAUUAAUAAAUCCCUCAAGAAUAUCGAAGGGCUCUUGUUUAACAUCCAUUGGGCUAACAAUUUAAUAAAUAUAAAAUAUAAAUACAAAACAAAAACAAACCACAAAACUGUAAAUACAGUAAAAAAAACUUUCAGAAUUCCAGACUUUCCAGGUACAGGUACUUUAAGCUGUUCUGCACAGCUAUUCUGUGAUUUUCUCGCAGCAAAUCCUAUUAUUCUCAGAGAAAAAUUAAAAAGGAUGUCUUAUCCACAAUCUUUAUCUUAUUUAAGGCAUUUCUUUAUAAGCUUACCAGAACAUACUUAUGUAACCAAAGCAAUUCUUUGUACGGUUUGGUUACUUCCAUGACGUCAUAUGUUACCAAAGACGUAACUACUACUAACCAUGAUGUUUUUAGUGGUAAGGUGUGUGGUAAGGCCAGUAAGGUCCACAUUUGAACAUAUCGGGCAUGCGCAAAGAAUUGUAAAGAGAUAAAAAUAAGAUAAAUUUUUCUGUGGUUACUGGUUAUGAUGUAAUCUGUGGGGUUAUGUUAUUGUCUCUGGUUAUAUGGUAUGGUUCAUUUUGUAUAUUUGAGUUGGGCAUUUUUGUAUUUAUCAAAUAAAACACUGUUUAAUAUGAAAGAAAUUACAUUUAACAUACAGGGCACUGAAAUAACGCUUCAAGAGACCGAUGUUGUUGCUGAUGCACUUGCAAAUGAUGAUGAAUUCACGAUGUUUUAUUUUGAAAGAGCAGUAAGAGAGGGUAGGUUAGCAUCUUUUGGUGUUUUUCCUCAAUCAUUAGAAAAUUUAUCUGUGGUAAGAAUUGCCCAAACACUGGAAUCGGAGAAUGGUACUACAGAAGUUUCUGUAGAGGAGUUGUCAGAACCCAGUAGUGCAACCAAUUGUGAAAUUUGGAGCAAUAAAGGUAAACCAUCGGAAGAAGAUAUAUUGGCAACCACAAAGCUUUUGGAAAUACGUGGCUCUAAUAAGUAUAAACAAUUAUUUAAUGAUAAAAAAAAUCCGAAGAACAAGCUUUGGAAAAAUGUGGCAAUGGUAAUGACCGAAAAUGGUUUUGCGGUAACAGCUGUGAAGUGUCAACAAAAAUAUUUGAACUUAGUAAAAAGUUAUACUAACCAUGUAAGGCAUUUACACCAAACUGGUGAAGGUAAAAAAGUACCUCCUCCAUUUUAUGAAGAAAUGCAUAGCAUUAUAGGGUCAAAAGAUAAAAUAACUUUGGCAAAUAGGGUAGAUACCCUUGAAAUGCCAAAAGACCUUGAACCUGAUGUAAAUCAACCUUCCACAAGUAAAGAUUCAUCUAAAACAUACAGCAAUACCCAAUAUAACCUACAAGAUGAUAAACAAUCUGAAAAUGACAAGACAUAUCAAAAAGUGUCCAAAAGAAAGACAUGUGUUACAAAAGCUGAUGUACUAAGUACUAUAGUUAAUUGCAACAAUCAAGUUAUUGAAAACCAAAAUAAGAGUUUUGAUAAAAUGUUUACUUUUUUAAAUGAACAAAAUAAAUUGAUAGCCCAUCAAAAUACACAACGAGACCAACUUAUAAACAUUCUACAGCAAUCUUUACAGCAGACAUCAAAAACAAGUAAGAAAAGAAGGCGCAGUAGUUCAUCUUCAUCAUAAUAUACACAGAAUUAUUUUUUGUUCGUUUUAGAAUACUUUUAUUUUUUAUUCAUUUAAGAAUUUUUUUAUUUUUGUAGGUAUACCAUUAAUUAAUUAUUAACUGUUUUAUUAUUUUAAGAAUAGUAUUUUAUUG